AUGGCUUUCGUGAACUUUGUGUACCGCUCGCUAUUCCGCCGGACCUCCACCUUCACACUCACCAUUGUGGUCGGGGCGUUGGUGUUCGAGAGGGCGUUCGACCAGGGGGCUGAUGCGGUGUUCGAUCACCUGAACCAAGGGGUGAGGACACAGGAGUGA